UAUACACAUAUAUAUAUAUAUAUAUAUAUAUAUAUAUAUAUAAAACAAUGUUUGAUCCCAUAUCGGAUACGCCGCUGGUGCUGGCAUAUGCGUUCAUGUCGCUGCUGGUCCUCAUCGUUAGCUUCAUAUUGUUCAAUGUGGUCCACAAACUCUAUAGCAGCAUGAGCGUCGAAGGCGGCGGAGGAGGAGUGGGCGUUGUCACAAGCACGCUGAAGACCACAAUGCUGGAAGUGGAUGCUCUGAAAACCGGUUAAAGGCGAUGUUGGCAGCGCUGCUCGACGAGAAUCUCAAGCAACAAAUGAUAACAACAACAACAACAAAGAAGAAGAGCGUCAACAACAACAAUAACAUUGUAUAUAUAGUCACUAUGUUUAUAUAAGAAAGAGAGCACAAUAGCAAUUAGUCUAGCUUUAAAAACGCGACUAGUACUUAAAUAUAGUCUAUAAAUAUAACUACAACUAUAACUAUAACAUAAGCAACAACAAUAACAAACAGCAAACCACAAACAACGAACGAAACACGCACAACAAACAACCAACCGGCGGCAGUCUAGUCUAGUCAGUUAAUUAGCCAUAUCAUUUAGGGUUAGCUAAACGUUGUGUCUGACAUUGAUAUUUGUAAUAAACCAACAACAACAAACAAACAAA